AUGGCUCCAUUGCAGCUCGCUGUGUACUUGCGGCUCGCUCUCAUAUUCUUCUUCACGGCGUUUCUCUUCUUCCUCGAUGUCUUCACUGCCAGCAGAGCAGCCUCCUCGUGCACUAACGUCCCCAGUCAGUUACCGACCAGGAGUCGAACCGGAGGAGAUGAAGUCUCUUCUAGUGCGCGCAAACAGGACCACACUACGUGGGAGGUGCGCGAGAUGAACCGGUCACUUAUAUCGGUAUUGUUACCGACACAGGAUGAGAUCACGUGGGGGAACGACAUGGAGAGAGAGAAUGUGAGUAAACAUGGAAUGAAAUACAGUAAUUACAGUUUCAACCUAAUUGGCAGUUAUUGUAAUUGUCUAAAUCAGUGUAAACAGCAACAAGCUGCAUGAACAGAUUCCCUUUUAUGUAGAAAUGUAGCCUACAAACCGGUUUGAACAGAUUCCUUUUUAUGUUCCUACAAACCGGUUUCACUGACCAAGAUGAACCCAGCUUUAGUUUAUUACACUUCAGUAGGCUAAAUCAGGGUCACACAGAGUGUGUGUGACCCUGAGUGUGUGUGUGUGUGUGUGUGUGGGGGGGGGGGGGGGGUAAAUAUUACAUUAAAAGUUUAUUACAAAUUAAAUGAACACCCCCACCUCUGUGUCAUGGUUUAUUGUUUCCCCCCCAGGUGGCUGUACUGGUGGAUACAAUUUGUAUUUGUAUUUAUUAAGGAUCCAGCAACAUUAAGGCAGUUAUAUACAAUUUAAAAUAUUACAUGACAUUACAUUUCAUAACACUUUACACAAUACAUUUAGUGUGUUCCCUCAGGCCACUACUCCACUAUCACAUUUUAGAAAAAAUACAACAUCCACGUGUGUGUAGAGUGCGUAUCUUAUCAAGUGUAUGUGUGUCUGUGCCUGUGUGUGUGUCUCUUCACAGUCACCGCUGUUCCAUAAGGUGUAUUUUUAUCUGUCCACUACCACAUAUCUACAACACAAAAUCCAUGUGUACGUGUGUGCAUAGUGCGUAUGUUAUCGUGUGUGUGUGUAUGCAUGUGUCUGUGCCUAUUUGUUGCUUCACAGUCCCCGCUGUUCCAUAAGAUGUAUCUUUAUCUGUUUUUAAAUCUAAUUUUACUGCUUGCAUCAGUUACCUGAUGUGGAAUAGAGUUCCAUGUAUCUAUGGCUCUAUGUAGUACUGUGCGCCACCCAUAGUCUGUUCUGGACUUGGGGACUGUGAAGAGACCUCUGGUGGCCUGUCUUGUGGGGAAUGCAUGGGUGUCCGAGCUGUGUGCUAGUAGUUUAAACAGACACCUCGGUGCAUUCAGCAUGUCAACAGUUCUUACAAAAACAAGUAGUGAUGAAGUCAAUCUCUCCUCCACUUUGAGCCAUGAGAGAUUUACUUGCAUAUUAUUCAUGUUAGCUCUCCGUGUACAUUUAAGGGUCAGCCGUGCUGCCCUGUUCUGAGUCAAUUGUAAUUUUCAGAGGGCCCUCUUUGUGGCACCUGACAACACGACUGAACAGUAGUCCAGAUGCGACAAAACUAGAGCCUGUAUGACCUGCCUUGUCGAUAUUGUUGUUAAAAAGGCAGAGCAACGCUUUAUUAUGAACAGAUUUCUCCCAUUCUUAGCUACUGUCGUAUCAAAAUGUUUUGACCAUGACAGUUUACAAUCCAGGGUGACUCCAAGCAGUUUAGUCUCCUCAACUUGCUCAAUUUCCACAUUAUUUACUAAAAUAUUUAGUUGAGGUUUAGGGUUUAGUGAAUGAUUUGUCCCAAAUACAAUGCGUUUAGUUUUUGAAAUAUUUAGGACUAAUUUAUUCCUAGCCACCCAUUCUGAAGCUAACUGCAGCUCUUUGCUAAGUGUUGCAGUCAUUUCAGUCGCUGUAGUAGCUGACGUGUAUAGUGUUGAGUCAUCCGCAUACAUAGACACACUGGCUUUACUCAAGGCCAGUGUCACGACUUCCGCCGAAGUUGGUGCCUCUCCAUGUGCGGGCGGCUAUCGGCGGUCGUCGUCACCGGCUUUCUAGCUGCCACCGAUCUACGUUUCUGUGUUCCAUUUGUUUUGUCUUGUUUGUUCACACCUGGCUCCCAUUGCAUUAUGAUUAUUUACCUAUUUAACCCUCUGGUUCCCACAUGGUUUUGUGUGUGUUUGUUCCUUGUGUUGUGUCUUACACUUUUGUGAGCUGGUGUGUUUUCCCUGCGUGGAAAUUAGUGUUUGUUUUUUUCAGAGUAAAGUACGUCGUGUACUCAGUUCUGUGUCCUGCGCCUGACUCCGUCCUACCGCUGCACAUUUGACACAUGACAGGAGCACGCACCUAAUAUAGAGUCAGCAGGUGCAGCCAGUCCUCCGGUGCCAGUGGAGGAGCGCGUCCAGCAGCACGCGACAAUGCUUCAGAAUCUUGGCACAGCUAUGGAUCGCGUGUUGCAGACCAUGGAGUGAUGGGAGAGAGGGGGUUUUCCCAGAACUUCAGGUCAACCCACACCGAUGUCCACCCCUCCGUCACCUGGACCCAGUGGGAUUCGGCUCUCGCUCCCGAGGGAAUAUGAUUGGACGGCUGCCGGGUGCCAGGGGUUUCUGCUCCAGGUGGAGCUCUACCUGGUGACCGUCCACCCGGCCCCCUGUCAGGGAGAGCGCUUGAGUGGGCCAACGCCGAAUGUGGAGGAAUAGACGCAGCGUUGGUUCGCUAUGAGGAUUUCACCCGCCGCUUCCGGGCGGUCUUCGAUCAUCCACCUGAGGGGAGAGUGGCGGGGGAACGCUUGUUCCACCUCAGACAGGGGAAGAAGAGCGCACAGGACUUCGCACUGGACUUAAGGACUUUGGCGGCCAGCGCGGGAUGGAAUGAGAGGGCCUUGAUUGACCAUUACCGGUGCAGUCUACGUGAGGACGUUCGUCGGGAGCUGGCAUGCAGGGACACCACCCUUACCCUCGACCAGCUGGUGGAUCUAUUGAUACGGGUGGAUAACCUGUUGGCCACCCGCGGACGUUCGGAUCAGGGCCCGUCCAUUCCAUUCCCCAGCACCUCCGACCCUACCCCUAUGGAGCUCGGAGGUGCUGCUCUAAGGGUGACCGGACCAACUGUGGCCGCAGAGGGCACACUGCUGGUCGGUGCUGGGGAGGUUCCCCAGGGAGUCGAGGCAGCAGGCAGGGCACUGAUGGAUCAUCCCAGGUGAGUUGGCACCUGACUUACCCAGAGCUCCCUGUUGCGCACAUGUGUGUAUGUAUAGAAUUUCCUGAGUUUUCCCCGCAUUCCCAGCAUAAGGCGCUAGUAGAUUCAGGUGCAGCUGGGAACUUUAUUGACCGUUCAUUUGCACGUAGAUUAGGGAUCCCUAUUGUUCCUGUUGAUGUACCCUUCGCUGUACAUGCCUUAGAUAGUCGUCCUUUAGGGUCAGGCCUGAUUAGGGAGGUCACAGCUCCACUAUGUAUGAAAACGCAGGAGGGUCAUGUGGAGAGAAUUAGUCUCUUCCUGAUCGAUUCUCCUGCAUUUCCUGUGGUGUUGGGGCUCCCCUGGUUGGCCUCUCAUGACCCCACCAUUUCGUGGCAACAGAGGGCUCUCAAGGGAUGGUGGUCACGUCAGUGCUCGGGGAGGUGUGUAGGUGUUUCCAUAGGUGCAACUACGGUGGAGAGUCCAAACCAGGUCUCUACUAUGCACAUUCCCCCCGAAUAUGCCGAUUUGGCUCUCGCCUUCUGUAAAAAGAAUGCGACUCAACUACCACCCCAUCGACAGGGGGAUUGUGCGAUAAAUCUCCAGGUAGGCGCAGCAAUUCCCAGGAGUCAUGUGUAUCCUCUGUCUCAGGAGGAGACGGCGGCUAUGGAAACAUAUGUCUCUGAAUCUCUGGGACAGGGAUACAUUCGGCCUUCCACUUCACCUGCCUCCUCAAGUUUCUUUUUUGUGAAGAAGAAGGAUGGAGGUUUACGCCCGUGCAUUGACUAUCGAGGUCUAAAUCAGAUCACUGUGUAGUACAGUUACCCACUGCCUCUCAUAGCCAGUGUGACAGAGUCAUUGCACGGGGCGCGCUUCUUCACCAAAUUGGAUCUCAGGAGCGCUUACAACCUGGUGCUUAUCCGGGAGGGGGAUGAGUGGAAGACGCCAUUUAGUACCACCUCUGGGCACUAUGAGUACCUUGUCAUGCCGUACGGGUUGAUGCAUGCUCCAUCAGUCUUCCAAUCCUUCGUAGACAAGAUUUUCAGGGACCUGCACGGGCAGGGUGUAGUGGUGUAUUUAGAUGACAUUCUAAUAUACUCCGCUACACGCGCCGAGCAUGUGUCCCUGGUGCGAAAGGUGCUUGGUCAACUGUUGGAGCAUGACCUGUACGUCAAGGCUGAGAAAUGUCUGUUCUUUCAACAGUCCGUCUCCUUCCUAGGGUACCGCCUGUCCGCGUCUGGGGUGGAGAUGGAGAAUGACCGCAUUUCAGCCAUGCGUAAUUGGCCGACUCCAGCCAUGACGGAUCUUCCUCCGUCACAAGGUAACACCACAAUCCUGGUCAUUGUGGAUCGGUUUUCUAAGUCCUGCCGUCUCCUUCCUUUGCCCGGUCUCCCUACGGCCCUACAGACUGCGGAGGCUCUGUUUACCCACGUCCCCGAGGCCGGUGUCAGCGCGCUGCUGGAGCCGCGCGUCAAGGGGGGGGGGUACUGUCACGACUUCCGCCGAAGUUGGUGCCUCUCCUUGUGCGGGCGGCUAUCGGCGGUCGUCGUCACCGGCUUUCUAGCUGCCACCGAUCUACGUUUCUGUGUUCCAUUUGUUUUGUCUUGUUUGUACACACCUGGCUCCCAUUGCAUUAUGAUUAUUUCCCUAUUUAACCCUCUGGUUCCCACAUGGUUUUGUGUGUGUUUGUUCAUUGUGUUGUGUCAUACACUUUUGUGAGCUGGUGUGUUUUCCCUGCGUGGAAAUUAGUGUUUGUUUUUUCAGAGUAAAGUACGUCGUGUACUCAGUUCUGUGUCCUGCGCCUGACUCCGUCCUACCGCUGCACAUUUGACCCAUGACAGCCAGUGGCAAGUCAUUAGUAAAGAUUGAAAAAAGCAAGGGGCCUAGACAAUGAAGAUAGUUCAGUCAGGCCUUUUACAAUUGAAAAAAAAAUUCCUCAGUUCUGGACUGGUCUACUUAACCAGGUGUGUCUCCCAUAGACACAUUUUUACAUUUACAUUUUAGUCAUUUAGCAGACGCUCUUAUCCAGAGCGACUUACAGUUAGUGCAUGCAUUUUUCAGACACCAAUGCGAUAGCAGCUGGGUCUGGUCCAGAGAGGACAUAUGAAAGAAAACAAAAAAUCCCUUGUUAUGUCGAUAUCACAAAUUACUUAUCUCAUGAUCACGACAUAACAAAAGUUUUUUUUUUUUCCGAGAUCGCAAGAUAAACUCUAUAAAUAGGAGUGGAUGCAUUGAUGAUAGAUUGUCAGUGUGGCUGAGGCAGCAGAGCCCACGGUGGAUCAGCGCAUACGUUUUUAUUGAUUGAUACACUAAGAUAUGGUACGUUUCAUGCUUACAUCAUGCUUUUAUUUGGGUUUGGAGCUCAUUAUCAGUUUAUAAGUUAGAAUGUUAGCAAGUUAAAUGUCCCUUACCUUGAGCCAAGAGCUCUUGGGGAAUCUAAGCCCUCGUGCGGCAUUUAAGCCCUGAACGAUGCCUGACAGGCAGGUCAGUUUCCCAGACUGUAUGCCACCCCCAAGACAACAGCCAAUUCCAUGCAAGCAACGACACAGUGCCUUAAGAAAGUAUUGAUACACCUUGACUUAUUUAAUAUUUUGUUGUGUUACAGCCUGAAUUUUUUCACCCAUCUAAACACAAUACCCCAUAAUGACAAACUGAAAACAUGUUUUUAGAAAUGUUUGCAAAUGUAUUGAUAAUUAAAUACAGCAAUAUUCAUUUACAUAAGUAUUCACACCCCUGAGUCAAUACUUUGUAGAAGCACUUUUGGCAUCGAUUACAGAGUCUUUCUGGGUAAGUCUCUAAGAUCUUUCCACACCUGGAUUGCGCAACAUUUGCCCAUUAUUAUUUUCAUAAUUCUUCAAGCUCUUUCAAAUUGGUUGUUGAUCAUUGCUAGACAACCAUUUUUAGGUUUUGUAACUCGGUCACUCAGGAACAUUCACUGACUUCUUGGUAAGCAACUCCAAUAUAGAUUUGAGCUUUUGUUUUAGGUUAUUCUCCUGCUGAAAGGUGAAUUCAUCUCCCAGUGUCUGGUGGAAAGCAGACUGAACAAGGUUUUCCUCUAGGAUUUUGCCUGUGUUUAGCUCUGUUCCGUUAGUAGCUUGGUGGAGUGUGUUUGACGCAUUUCUGCGUAAACCUGUAUUUUUCUGAAUAAAGCCUGUUUCUGUGAUUUACCCUCCUGCGCCUGACUCCUUCAACACCACCUUAUCACAGUUGCAAACAGGAUGCAUGUUUCGUAAUAGUUUUAUUCUGUACAGGCUUCCUUCUUUUCACUCUGUCAAUUAGGUUAGUAUUGUGGAGUACCUACUGUUAAUCCAUCCUCAGUUUUCUCCUAUCACAGCCAUUAAACUCAGUAACUGUUUUAAAGUCACCGUUGGCCUCAUGGUGAAAUCCCUGAGCGGUUUCCUUCCUCUCUGGCAACUAAGUUAGGAAGGACGCCUGUAUCUUUGUAGUGACUGGGUGUAUUGAUACACCAUCCAAAGUGUAAUUAAUAACUUCACCAUGCUCAAAGGGACAUUCAAUGUCUGCUUUUUUUUUUAAUCUACCAAUAGGUGCCCUUCUUUGCGAGGCAUUGUAAAACUUCCCUGGUGUGUGUGGUUGAAUCUGUGUUUGCAAUUCAUUGCUCGACUGAUGGACCUUACAGAUAAUUGUAUGUGUGGGGUACAGAGAUGAGGUAGUCAUUAAAAAAAUCAUGUUAAAAACAGUUAUUGCACACAGUGUGAGUCCAUGCAACUUAUUAUGUGACUUGUUAAGCACAUUUUCACUCCUGAACUUAUUUAGGCUUGUCAUAACAAAGGGGUUGAAUACUUAUUUACUCAAGACAUUUUUUAUUAAUUUGUUAAAAUAAAAAAUUUAACAUAAUUCCACUUUGACAUUAUGAGGUAUUGUGUUUAGGCCAGUGACAAACAAAUCUCAAUUUAAUCCAUUUUAAAUGCAGGCUGUAACACAGCAAAGGGUGUGAAUACUUUCUGAAGUCCCCUGUAGCUCAGUUGGUAGAGCCUGGCGCUUGCAACGCCAGGGUUGUGGGUUUGUUUCCCACGGGGGGCCAGUAUGAAAAUGUAUGCUCUCACUAACUGUAAGUCGCUCUGGAUAAGAGCGUCUGCUAAAUGACGUAAAUGUACAUGAAGGCACUGUAACUUAGCUAGACUGGUUAGCUAGCUAGCUAGCUUGUUACAGUAUAUGCUGGUUGUUAGCUUGCGUAACUGAUAUGUGUAUAAUUGUAAGGGACACUUCAUGUUUUAUGGAUAAUAUUUAUAUUUACAAAAGGUCCUUUUUUUUUUUUUUAGCAAGAUACACCAAUUAAUUCAGGCUACAAGAGUGUAGACCCAAUGACGAUCGCCGAAUGUCAUUACACCUUUUGGUGUUUUGUAACAGAUGUCUCUUUCUUUUCAUCAAAUGGCGCAAGUGCACAGUGCACUGUUUGGAUGUUGGUAUUAUUUUGGUAACCCAGGUAACCUACUUUUUAAACUUAAUUGUUUGGAUGGGGCGGCAGGUAGCUUAGUGGUUAAGAGCGUUGUGCCAGUAACCGAAAGAUCGAAAAAUCUGUCGAUGUGCCCUUGAGCAAGUCACUUAACCCUAAUUGCUCCUGUAAGUCGCUCUGGAUAAGAGCAUCUGCUAAAUGACUAAAAUGUAAAUGUAAUGGAUGUUGGUAUUAUUUUGGUAAACCAGGUAACCUACUUUUUAAACUUAAUUGUUUGCCAAUAAGAUGAAAACAUAAUUCCUGGUUGUGUUCACACCAAAUUAUUAUUUAUUAUUAUUAUGAUUUAUUUUUUUAUGACUCUUAGAAACGUACUUUUUUUUCAUGCACGCGCAUAAGGGAUCCCGUGAAAAAAUAGAGAACCCCGAAUGUCACGGUAUAAUUCGACUGAUCCUAGUCAAUGAAAACCUAACCAUAGAAUAAGUAAGUAGUAACAUGGGGGGGCAGAGCCAGCCAUCCACACACACUCACUGUCUAGUUAAACACACUCCCAGAAUGGAUGUCAGAUUUAUCACUGCUGUGUGUGUGUUAGGAAACAACUUACAAGUUCAAGUCUGUUUAUUCGUCACAUAUAGAUGGUGUACACUGAGUGCACAAAACAUUAGGAACACCUUCAUAAUAUUGAGUUGCACCCCCUUUUGCCCUCAGAACAGCCUCAAUUUGUCGGGGCAUGGACUGUACAAGGUGUCGAAAGCAUUCCACAGGGAUGCUGGCCCCCAUGUUGACUCCAAUGCUUCCCACUGUUGUGUCAAGUUGGCUGGAUGUCCUUUGGGUGGUGGACCAUUCUUGAUACACACAGGAAACUGUUGAGCAUGAAAAACCCAGCAGCAUUGCAGUUCUUGACACAAACUGGUGCGCCUGGCACCUACUACCAUACCCCGUUCAAAGGCACUUAAAUAUUUUGUCUUGCCCAUUCACCCUCUGAAUGGCACACAUACACAAUCCAUGUGUCAAUUGUCUCAAGGUUUAAGAAUCCUUCUUUAACCUGUCUCCUCCCCUUCAUCUACACUGAUUUAAGUGGAUUUAACAAGUGACCUCUAUAAGAGAUCAUAGCUUUCACCUGGAUUCACCUGGUCAGUCUGUCAUGGAAAGAGCAAGUGGUCUUAAUGUUUUGUACACUCAGUGUAAUGAAAAGCUUACUUGCAGGUUCACCUCUCGACAAUGCAACAACAAUAGGAAAAGUAAGUAAGUGAAUGAAUGAAAGGAGUCUACUGCCAUGUCACAGGGUAAGUAGUUUCACAUCACAGUAGUGAUAAGACAUACUGCCAUGUCACAGGGCAAGUAGUUUCCCAUCACAGUAGUGAUAAGUCCCCUGUAGCUCAGUUGGUAGAGCAUGGCGCUUGCAACGCCAGGGUUGUGGGUUUGUUUCCCACGGGGGGCCAGUAUGAAAAAUGUAUGCACUCACUAACUGUAAGUCGCUCUGGAUAAGAGCGUCCGCUAAAUUACUUAAAUGUUAAAUGUUAAAGACAUACCGUCAUGUCACAGGGCAAGUAGUUUCACAUCACACUCAGUAGUGAUAAGACAUACCGUCAUUUCUCAGGGAUAGGAAUCAUCAUCAAUAUCGCCAAGGCUGAGGACAAAGGUGGCAGGUAAAAUCUGUCGAUGUGCCCUUUGAGCAAUGCACAUAAUAUCAAAAUGUAAUCUAAAAUGUAAUCUACAUAAUCCCCAAAAGUAAUUAUUUAUCAUGAGAGGGCCAUAAACAAUAACUAGUAAUAUUGCAUAUUCGAAGAAAGGUUAUAACUUGCUGAGGUGUAGUCAAUUUUGAGGACACAACCUCAAGUACACAGUACAAAUAUGAUACAAAUAUGAAAAUAUGAACUAUUUCAUACAAUGUAUUUCCUAUUCAACAAAACUAUGAGUAAGGCUUAACAUGAUUUAUAUGCUUUCUAAGUAUAGUAUAAUCAAAUUAUUGUUUGAAUAACUACAAUAUAAGAUUUCCCCUUAUAACUGUAAAAUACAUAUUUGUAUGUUUAGUGAUAGAGAAAAUGUGCAUCUUUUUUAAAGGUCUCUCUUGAUCAAAAGGACUGUCCCCAUCGCUGUGAAUGUCUCACAGAGCUCUAGCCUGGCUUCCUGAACUCCUUAGGAACUCGCCUGGCUUCCUGAACUCCUUAGGAACUCGCCUGGCUUCCUGAACUCCUUAGGAACUCGCCUGGCUUCCUGAACUCCUUAGGAACUCGCCUGGCUUCCUGAACUCCUUAGGAACUCGCCUUUCAUCUCAUAUUAAUCUUGUCCCUCUAUGACAGAGUGUUUUUUGUAAAACAUUUAUGAAUUAUUUGAGAUUACUUUGAUAAAGUUGGCUAUAAAUCGAUCUCUGAAUGUGCUAGAGCGACGAAACUAGUCUCUCCUGUUGCGCUACGAUGUAAGAAUUGCAGGCAUGUGCUUUUUUGUCGGGAAACGGUCUUUUCACGCCACUUUGAUAGCGAAGUGACUAGCGGGUUAGGAGAAUUACCAUUGCAGGUUAAGAGACUGAGGUUAAGGUUAGGAAAAGGGUUAGGGUUAACGAACCUGCUACGAAAAUCACUUUGUAUUGAAGUGAAGUGUCCCAUGCUUUGUCAGUGGCUGUGACGUAGGGUUCAGCCAGGAGUUGAUAGACAGUCACAAGAGCGAAUUAAAUGGUAGGAAGGACAUCCCAGCUUCAAGUGGUGUCACUCAUCCUACGUCACACAGGCGGAAGAGAUAAAAAGUCCAUGAGAACCAUGGCUACCAGGGCUACUAGGGCUACCAGGGCUACCAUGGCUACCAGGGCUACCAGGGCUACAAGGGAUACUAGGGCUACCAGGGCUACCAUGGCUACCAGGGCUACCAUGACUACCAGGGCUACAAGGGCUACCAGGGCUACCAUGGCUACCAGGGCUACAAGGGCUACUAGGGCUACCAGGGCUACCAUGGCUACCAGGGCUACAAUGGCUACCAGGGCUACAAGGGCUACUAGGGCUACCAGGGCUACAAGGGCUACCAGGGCUACCAGGGCUACCAUGGCUACCAGGGCUACCAUGGCUACCAGGGCUACAAGGGCUACUAGGGCUACCAGGCUACCAUGGCUACAAGGGCUACCAGGACUACUAGGGCUACCAUGGCUACCAGGGCUACCAGGGCUACUAGGGCUACCACGGCUACCAGGGCUACCAGGGCUACCAUGGUUACCAGGGCUACCAGGGCUACCAGGGCUUCAAGGGAUACCAGGGAUACCAGGCUACCAGGGCUACCAUGGCUACCAGGGCUACCACGGCUACCAGGGCUACCAGGGCUACCAGGGCUACUAGGGCUACCACGGCUACCACGGCUACCAGGGCUACCAGGGCUACCAGGGCUACCAGGGCUACAAGGGCUACCAGGGCUACCAGGGCUACUAGGGCUACUAGGGCUACCACGGCUACCAGGGCUACCAUGGUUACCAGGGCUACCAGGGCUACCAGGGCUACCAGGGCUUCAAGGGCUACCAGGGCUACCAGGCUACCAUGGCUUCCAGGGCUACAUUUACAUUUACAUUUACGUCAUUUAGCAGACGCUCUUAUCCAGAGCGACUUACAAAUUGGUGCAUUCACCUUAUAGCCAGUGGCAUAACCACUUUACAAUUGUAUUUUUUCCUUCUUUUUUUUUGUUGUUGUUAUUUUUGUUAUUAUUAUUAUUAUUUUUUUUUUCAUGUAUUUUUUUUUGGGAGGGGGGGGGGGGGGGGGGUAGAAGGAUUACUUUAUCCUAUCCCAGGUAUUCCUUAAAGAGGUGGGGUUUCAAAUGUCUCCGGAAGGUGGUGAGUGACUCCGCUGUCCUGGCGUCGUGAGGGAGCUUGUUCCACCAUUGGGGUGCCAGAGCAGCGAACAGUUUUGACUGGGCUGAGCGGGAACUAUGCUUCCGCAGAGGAAGGGGAGCCAGCAGGCCAGAGGUGGAUGAACGCAAUGCCCUCGUUUGGGUGUAGGGACUCAUCAGAGCCUGAAGGUACGGAGGUGCCGUUCCCCUCACAGCUCCAUAGGCAAGCACCAUGGUCUUGUAACAGAUGCGAGCUUCAACUGGAAGCCAGUGGAGUGUGCGGAGGAGCGGGGUGACGUGAGAGAACUUGGGAAGGUUGAACACCAGACGGGCUGCGGCAUUCUGGAUGAGUUGUAGGGGUUUAAUGGCACAGGCAGGGAGCCCAGCCAACAGCGAGUUGCAGUAAUCCAGACGGGAGAUGACAAGUGCCUGGAUUAGGACCUGUGCCGCUUCCUGUGUAAGGCAGGGUCGUACUCUCCGAAUGUUGUAGAGCAUGAACCUACAGGAUCGGGUCACCGCCUUGAUGUUAGCGGAGAACGACAGGGUGUUGUCCAGGGUCACGCCAAGGCUCUUCGCACUCUGGGAGGAGGACACAACAGAGUUGUCAACCGUGAUGGCGAGAUCAUGGAACGGGCAGUCCUUCCCCGGGAGGAAGAGCAGCUCCGUCUUGCCAAGGUUCAGCUUGAGGUGGUGAUCCGUCAUCCAUACUGAUAUGUCUGCCAGACAUGCAGAGAUGCGAUUCGCCACCUGGUUAUCAGAAGGGGGAAAGGAGAAGAUUAGUUGUGUAUCGUCAGCGUAGCAAUGAUAGGAGAGGCCAUGUGAGGAUAUGACAGAGCCAAGUGACUUGGUGUAUAGCGAGAAUAGGAGAGGGCCUAGAACUGAGCCCUGGGGGACACCAGUGGUGAGAGCACGUGGUGCGGAGACAGCUUCUCGCCACGCCACUUGGUAGGAGCGACCGGUCAGGUAGGACGCAAUCCAAGAGUGAGCCGCGCCGGAGAUGCCCAGCUCGGAGAGGGUGGAGAGGAGGAUCUGAUGGUUCACAGUAUCAAAGGCAGCAGACAGGUCUAGAAGGACAAGAGCAGAGGAGAGAGAGUUAGCUUUAGCAGUGCGGAGAGCCUCCGUGGCUACCAGGGCUACCAGGGCUACCAGGGCUACUAGGGCUGCUAGGGCUACCACGGCUACCAGGGCUACCAGGGCUACCAUGGUUACCAGGGCUACCAUGGCUACCAUGGCUACCAGGGCUACCAGGGCUACCAGGGCUACCGCUCAGUUCAAGCCAUUUCGAUCUACAGUGUCCACACAUAGAUUUCUAAGCUAAAAUGUCGGUCGGAACCGGUAUCAGAACCAUGCAGGUCCUAACCCUAAUUUGCUCCAGGAUGCCGUACUACUAUGGCUGACCCUGAGUACUACUAUGGCUGAUCCUGAGUACUACUAUGGAUUAACCUGAGUACUACUAUGGCUGACUCAAAGUACUACUAUGGCUGACCCUCACUACCACUAUGGCUGAUCCUCAGUACUACUAUGGCUGACCAUAAGUACUACUAUGGCUGAACCUGAGUACUACUAUGGCUGACCCUGAGUACUACAAUGGCUGACCCUGCAUACUACUAUGGCUGACCCUGAGUACUAGUAUGGCUGAACCUGAGUACUACUAUGGCUGACCCUGAGUACUACAAUGGCUGACCCUGAGUACUACUAUGGCUGACCCCGAGUACUAGUAUGGCUGACCCUGAGUACUACUAUUGCUGAACCUGAGUACUACUAUGGCUGACCCUGAAUACUACUAUGGCUGAACCUAAAUACUACUAUGGCUCACCCUGAGUACUACUAUGGCUGACCCUGAAUACUACUAUGACUGACCCUAAGUAUUACUAUGGCUGACCCUGUGUACUACUAUGGCUGACCCUGAGUACUACUAUGGCUGACCCUAAGUACUACUAUGUCUGACCCUAAGUACUACUGUGGCUGACCCUGAGUACUACUAUGGCUGACCCUUACUACUAUGGCUGACCCUGAGUACUAAUAUGGCUUACCCUAAGUACUGCUAUGGCUGACCCUGAGUACUACAAUGGCUGACCCAAAGUACUACUAUGGCUGAACCUGAGUACUAUUAUGGCUGACCCUAAGUACUACUAUGGCUGACCCUGAGUACUACUAUGGCUGACCCUAAGUACUACUAUGGCUGACUGUAAGUACUACUAUGGCUUAUCCUAAGUACUACAAUGGCUGACCCUAAGUAUUACUAUGGCUGAACCUGAGUACUACUAUGGCUGACCUAAGUACUACUAUGGCUGACCUAAGUACUACUAUGGCUGAACCUAAGUACUACUAUGGCUGACCUAAGUACUACUGUGGCUGAACCUGAGUACUACUUUGGCUAAACCUGAGUACUGCUAUGGCUGAACCUGUAAAACAACACAUUUCACUAUCAGGUGUGCAUAGCAAUAAAUAGUCAGUGUUGCAACUCGAUUACUAGAACAUGAUCUAGCACAAACAUAUGUGUGUGUGUGUGUGUGUGUGUGUGUGUGUGUGUGUGUGUGUGUGUGUGUGUGUGUGUGUGUGUGUGUGUCUCUCUGUGUGUGUGUGUGUGUGUGUGUGUGUGUUUUACAGGGCACAGUGUGUAUGGAUCCAGUGGUGUUGUCGUACAGUCAGACCAUGUACAUGACUGGCCUUCUGCUGGGAUCUCUGUUUGGAGGAGCUCUCUCUGACAGGUGAGACUCACACACACACACACACACACACACACACACACAGUAAACGAUACACUGUAACACAUGGAAGUUGUGUGUGUGUGUGUGUGUGACCAGGUACGGUAAGCGAGCGGUGCUGCUGGUGUGUGUGUGUGUCCAUGCUGUGACCGCUGUGCUGCCGGCCGUCCUUCCUCACGCCCUCCUCUUCCUCACCCUGCGCUGUCUGGCCGGGGUCUCCUGCUGCUGCAUCAAUAUCUGCAGCUUCAGCCUGGGUAAAUCACACACACACACACACACACACAUACACACACACACACACACACACACACACACACACACACACACACACACACACACAGUUACACACACACACACACAGUUACACACACACAUCUACCCUACUGUAACUGUGUGUGUGCAUCAUGACAUGUGCCUUUGGGCUUGUAUUUAACUGUGUGUGUGUGUGUGUGUGUGUGUGUGUGUGUGUGUGUGUGUGUGUGUGUGUGUGUAGGUGUGGAGUGGAGUCUUCCCAGGUAUCGUAUAUGGCCCCCGGCCCUCCUGUCUUUCUCCUUCAGCCUGGGUAUGAUGGCCCUGGCACCGCUGGCAUACCUCACACACACCUGGACUCAGCUACACCUGGCGCUGGCCAUACCACAGAUCCUCUGUCUGCCUCUCUACUAGUGAGUAACACACACAACCCUAACUCUCCCCCUGAAAUCAGGCGAGAGAGCGUGAGUAAACCUGUAGUGAAAUGCCAUGAAUCUCCCCCUUCUCAGCUCCAAUCAGGAGAGAGAGCGUGAGUAAACCUGUAGUGAAAUGCCAUGAAUCUCCCCCUUCUCAGCUCCAAUCAGGAGAGAGAGCGUGAGUAAACCUGUAGUGAAAUGCCAUGAAUCUCCCCCUUCUCAGCUCCAAUCAGGAGAGAGAGCGUGAGGAAACCUGUAGUGAAAUGCCAUGAACCUCCCCCUUCUCAGCUCCAUUCCUGAGUCUCCUCACUGGCUGCUCCUGAAGAGGAGGACACACACUCUGGAGAAGUACAGGAGACACAGUCCUGAGGACAAACGCUAUCUAGACCUGGUACGCACACACACGCACGCACGCACACACACACACACACACACACAUACACACACACACGUCUGUACUAUAUCAGUGUUCCUAGACUCGACUCAGGCCUGUGUGUGUGUGUGUGUGUGUGUGUGUCGUCUGUUUAUCUCGUAGCUGUUGGACACAGAGGGGAAGGACCUGCAGCAAGUUCCCCUGGACACACCUGACAAUGAGACACACACACACACACUGGAGACAGACACACACACACUGGAGACAGACACACACACACUGGAGACAGACACACACACACUGGAGAGAGACACACACACACAGGAGACUGACACACACACACUGGAGACUGACACACACACACUGGAGACAGACACACACACACUGGAGAGAGACACACACACACUGGAGAGAGACACACACACACUGGAGACUGACACACACACACCAAAGGCAGACAUGCAAACACAGGAGGAAAACAUACUUUCCCAUUGUGGACACAUGAGAAGUCCCACCAUCCUACUGCGCCUGAUCAUCAUGAGUUACAUUGGGUAGGUGGGUUUGUGUCUGUGUGUGUGUCUGAAGUAUUGUUUUGGCUCUGUAUUCCAGUGUUACAGGUUUUGGUAUUUCCAUUUAUAUUUUGAGGUAGCGCGUUAGCACGUAGGGCGGAACGAUUGUUGUCACCUCGUUAGUCAGUAUGUGUUACACCAGUACUGGCUUGUCCAUCUCGUUAGUCAGUAUGUGUUACACCUGUGUUGGCUUGUCCAUCUUGUUAGUCAGAAUAUGUUACACCUGUGUUGGCUUGUCCAUCUCGUUAGUCAGUACGUGUUACACCUGUGUUGGCUUGUCCACCUCGUUAGUCAGAAUGUGUUACACCUGUGUUGGCUUGUCCACCUCGUUAGUCAGUACGUGUUACACCUGUGUUGGCUUGUCCAUCUCGUUAGUCAGAACGUGUUACACCUGUGUUGGCUUGUCCAUCUCGUUAGUCAGUACGUGUUACACCUGUGUUGGCUUGUCCAUCUCGUUAGUCAGAACGUGUUACACCUGUGUUGGCUUGUCCAUCUCGUUAGUCAGAAUGUGUUACACCUGUGUUGGCUUGUCCUUUAACCUCAUUGUCAUUGUAUCAUUUAAAAUCCAAAGUGCUGGAGCACAGAGCCACAACAACAUUGUCACUGUUGGAGCUCACUGAAUGUGUGUUUAAAAAAAAGAGGUUGUCAGGUUCUAUUUCCGUACUCCAUUUGUUCUCUAGUCCUGUGCAGUUCAGUUGGUAGAGCAUGGAGUUUGCAACACCAGGGUUGUGGGUUUGAUUCCCACGGGGUGGCCAGUAUGAAAAUGUAUGCACUCACUAACUGUAAGUCGCUCUGGAUAAGAGCGUCUGAUAAACGACUGAAAUGUAAAAUGUUCUACAGCAUCUGUCUGAUGCGGUCUCUCCCCCCUGUGCAUGCGUGUUAGGCUAGCGUCAGCCCUGACGUACUACGGUAUCUGUCUGAAUGUCGGGCGUUUCGGGGUGGAUGUCUUCCUGGCUCAGUUCUUCAGCGGCCUAUCAGAGGCACCCUGCCUGCUCGUCCCAUUCCUAUUGGCCCGCUGUGGCAGACGCCCAAUCAGCAUGCUGUCCCUGCUCCUCAGUGGCUCCUUCUGCCUGCUGUCCCUGCUCGCAUCACGCUUCUACGGUAAACACACACACACACACACACACAUACACACAAACCUCCAAUGAUCCAACAUAGUGUGUGUGUGUGUGUAGAUGUCCCAGGGUUGGUGAUGGCUCUGGCCCUGGUGGGGAAGCUGUGUAUGCAGACCACUGUGUUUGUCUCUCUGCUCUACGGCAUCGAACUCUUCCCUACGCUCAUCAGGUGUGUCUGUGUGUCUGACCCCUGAGAUACCUGCAGUCACAGGACUAGUCAGUCCCUAUCUCAACCAUGUGGGUCAAAUGUCAUCUUGCUUAUCUCCGUGCUUGAGUAAUAGAUGAUGUAUGUAUCUCUGUUUGUGCAAUAUGUGUAUGUUUGAGUUGUAUGGGCGGACUGUAUCCUGACUGUGUGUGUGUGUGUGUGUGUGUGUGUGUGUGUGUGUGUGUGUGUGUGUGUGUGUGUGUGUGUGUGUGUGUGUGUGUGUGUGUGUGUUUUUCAGACAGAAGUGUGUGGGCUUGGUGUGUCUGUGUUACAGGGUGGGCUGUAUCCUGAAUGCGGUGGUCAGUCCUAGAGGAGAAACCAUCCCAUUGGCCGCUAUGAUUCUUUAUGGGAGUGGCCCCAUUGUUGGGGCGGGACUGUGUCUGUUGCUACCGGAGACCAGUGGUGUGCCGCUCCCUGAUUCGCUGGAGGACUGUGACAGACAGCCCAGGCUUCACCUACCAACCCUCCCCUUGGCUUGGUCAUCAUGCUUCAGAAGGCAAGAGACCUUUGACACACACACACACACAAAUUACACACUCACCCGAUUGGCACAAGUCGCGCACACACUAACACAAAUACACGUGGGCAUACACACACUUUGCCUGCUACUGGGGAGCUAAAUGGUGUGUGUUUGAGUGGGAGUGUGAAACACUUGCAGUGGUCUCUCUCUCUCUCUCUUCAGUUUGUCAACAGCAGCUGGCAUGAAAUGCUAUGACUCAGAGUUCAGACAGCUGGUGUGUGUGUCAGUGUGUGUGUGUGCAUGUCAGUGUGUGUGUCAGUGUGUGUGUGUUACAUAACUUCUCAUUUUAGGUAAGCUAUUUACCCCCUCUCUCCCUGCCCACUCCCCCCCUCUACCUCCAUGUGUAAUGUGACCUGUUUCAGUCCCUACAUGCUGUGCACUGACGCCAGUUAAACGUUUACAUUGAAUUGAGUUGUCAACUAACGUGAAAUCAACAUGAAAUCAAACUAAAUGUGAACCAUGUCACUUAGGUUAAACAUUUGUUUGUGAAAAAAAACAUUUAAAAAAAAAUGCUUUACAUUGUUGACUUUUUUUGCAAAUUCAGUUAGUUUUCCACAUUGAUUAAACAUCAUUACAUUUCUUUUUUUUUUAUGACGUGGAAACAACGGUGAUUCAACCAGUUUGUGCCCAGUGGGUAGUGUGACCUGCUAGUCAAGAGUGUCCUGGACAAAGAAACAUGUUCAAUAGAGACACACGGUGGACUCUUGUGUGUUAAUGUCUCUCCAGCUGAGAUGUGUGUAUUUCCUGACAGGCGCUCAGCGGACACCCCGGCUGACAAGGCCUGUCCAUUCCUGGGAGACACAGACCCUGAGAAGCCCUCCUACAACCCACAGGAACCCAACUGA